UAUCAUGUAGUUGAAUUUGAAGAUGGGCUUGAAAUUGUUCCAUCUUCAUGGGUAAAAGAUAAGAAUAUAUGCAAAUAUCCUGCAACUAAAUCCAAGAAAAAGAAAGAUAAAGUCGUUAUCAAUAACGUACAACCGGAUUCAAGUUGGAAAAAUUAUGCCAUUUUAAGGACAUUUGCAGUAUGCGACACUUAUGAAGAAGCCUGUUUAAAAUGUGAUAAAGCAGAAUAUGUAUCAGAUAUGAACACAGAUAUGGAUGACAAUGACAAAGAAAACAAUUUUAUACAAGAAUUAACAUGCCAAAACAAAGAAAAGUAUAUAAGAAAAGUAUAUAAUAGUGAAAUAUAUAAAAGUUCAUUUGAAGAUUUAAGUAUGCUAAUGACAAACACAAUAACGGAAAUAAGAGAUUUGAAAAUAACCACAAAUAUUAUGAGUACCGACAUAAAAGAAAUAAAAAUGGAUAUUACAAAUAUAAAGAUGGAUAUCCAACGCAUGUGUGGUAUAAUUUCGAAAUUAAAAGAAAGUCAAGAUAUUACUCUACCGCUAUCAAAAUGUACCGUUGCUUCACAAGCUGUUGUUGCUUUACAUUCAAUUUUUCCAUUAAAAACGAAAGAGCAAUUACAUCAAUUGGAAAACGAACUUGAAAUCGUCGAGAAAGAAACUCAAUUGAGUGCGUUUUUUGAUACAAUUGGAGGACUUGAUCCAAAUGAAACAGUGAAAAGAUCUCUAAUAAAGACAUUCAGUAAUAAACCAGCCACUGAAUUUUCAUGGCAAGGCUGUAAAGAAAAAUAUAAAUUAUGUAAUUUAAAAAUAAUGGACAUAAUGUAUCGUAAGUAA